CUCUUGUAUGAGGAGUGGGCGAGUUACAGUGUAUUUUACAAAUACCAGCCUAUCGGGCUAGUAAGGUGAGUGAAGGUUUCCUAUUCUGAAACUGAACGUCUGUGGUUGUGUCUGAGAUUGCUCUGUUCUUCCUCAAUUGCUAUCUGGUGAAGGUCUGUUUAGAUCACAAUGUCACAUUAUGUUUUAAUGUUUAUGUCAAAUAAACCAAAAAAAAUUUUAUAAUGGAGAAAGUGUUGCGCCCAACCUUCUGAUGCAAUAUAUUCUUCCUAAUGCAGGAAAUACUUUAUACAUAUUCUAUUUUAUUUGAUUAUAUUUAUUCUAUUAUUUUAUAUUCUAUUAUUUUAUAUUCUAUUCUAUUUGAAAGAUGAGAUUGCUGUGUUGUUUCCUAUGCAGGAAGUACUUUGGGGAGAAGAUAGGGCUGUACUUUGCGUGGCUGGGGUUGUACACCCAAAUGCUGAUCCCUGCUUCUCUAGUGGGAGUCAUCGUGUUCCUGUACGGCUGUGCCACCGUAGACGACAACAUUCCCAGGUUAGCAACAUAAGGCCCCAUACACAGCCAAGGAAAUAAUCAUUGGUUCUAGCCGGCAGAAUCAUAGGGCAUGUCUGCCUGAGGUUACAAUUCAUACAAUUAAGUAACUGUGUGGAAGGUGCCUAAGACGAUUGAAAUUAUUGAAAAACACCGAAUGGAAAGCCGGAGACAUAGCUCAAGUAGAGGUAUGACCUCAUCCUGUUCAGACAUCCAAUAGUGAAAUAUUGUAACAGACAGCUUUAGGCUGUAGAGUAGUUUACAGUAGGAUGUUGUGACAGCUUUAGGCUGUGGAGUGGUUUACAGUAGGAUAUUGUAACAGCUUUAGGCUGUAGAGUGGUUUACAGUAGGAUAUUGUAACAGCUUUAGGCUGUCGAGUAGUUUACAGUAGGAUAUUGUGACAGCUUUAGGCUGUAGAGUGGUUUACAGUAGGAUAUUGUGACAGCUUUAGGCUGUAGAGUAGUUUACAGUAGAAUAUUGUAACAGCUUUAGGCUGUCGAGUAGUUUACAGUAGGAUAUUGUGACAGCUUUAGGCUGUAGAGUAGUUUACAGUAGGAUAUUGUAACAGCUUUAGGCUGUGGAGUGGUUUACAGUAGGAUAUUGUGACAGCUUUAGGCUGUAGAGUAGUUUACAGUAGAAUAUUGUAACAGCUUUAGGCUGUCGAGUAGUUUACAGUAGGAUAUUGUGACAGCUUUAGGCUGUAGAGUAGUUUACAGUAGGAUAUUGUAACAGCUUUAGGCUGUCGAGUAGUUUACAGUAGGAUAUUGUAACAGCUUUAGGCUGUGGAGUGGUUUACAGUAGGAUAUUGUAACAGCUUUAGGCUGUAGAGUGGUUUACAGUGGGAUAUUGUAACAGCUUUAGGCUGUGGAGUGGUUUACAGUAGGAUAUUGUAACAGCUUUAGGCUGUGGAGUGGUUUACAGUAGGAUAUUGUAACAGCUUUAGGCUGUGGAGUGGUUUACAGUAGGAUAUUGUAACAGCUUUAGGCUGUAGAGUGGUUUACAGUGGGAUAUUGUAACAGCUUUAGGCUGUGGAGUGGUUUACAGUGGGAUAAGAACACACAAUAUAGAGAACUGUGCCAUGGUAACUAACAAGGUCAAAACUUGCCGCAAGGCCAAAACUAGAACAAGCAGACAUUUAAACGGUUUAUAUUCAAUACUUAUUAAGACCAUUUAUGUCUAAUACAGUAUUUAAUAUAGCCAUCAACUUGUUCCCAGUUCAGAAUACCUGCCUCGCGCUGUACCUCUGUCCUGUCCCUACUCUCUGGCUCGUGACUAACGUCUUAAAUCAUCUUCACUUCCUGCCAGCAUAAAUAAUGCAGUUUAAUAAAGUAUUUAUAAGGUAGACCAGGUCACUUUCCUGCUGCCUGAUGUCUGAAGCUCUGCCUGGCUUGGCUUGGCAGUCCACAACUAUAAAAAGGAAACGUGUUCCUAUACGGAGACAGAAGAGGGACAGAAGAGGUGAUUUGUGAUGUCCAACAUCUGGUUGAUGUAGAUGACAAGAGGAAAUUAAACUCCCCCCUGGCUAACAUCUCUUAUGUCCGUCAGGAUAGUUUGACACACUCUGCUGUUUGUGUCCUGAUCCUCUGCCACUGGAGCGCCGCUCCCAAUCCUCCACAGACAUUAGAUCUUAUUACAGUUAGCCUGACUCACCGGUUAUAAAAAAACAAGAAUGGAAUAUACUUUUAAGAUCUGACUUAGCCUCGAGCUCCAGCGGUCUACUUUGUGGAGCUUCUUAUUCGUGAGACUAGACCUAACUAAACUACAUAAUCCAGAUUAUUGUAUAAAUAUGAUCAUGAAUAGUAUUUUAAGCAAACGUAGAGAUUUAUUUGAAAAAACUUUUACUGCAUGCGACCCUAAAUUGGCACUUGAAAAUAGUGAGGACCCCACUUGAAAAUAGAUUAUACUCCCUAGUUAACGCUGUGUGUUCAUAUUCACAACAUUGUUGGUCCUUCAGGUGGUCUCAGCUCAUUAUAAUGAGAUGAAAGCUAAUUCUAAUACUGUAAAAAGUCAUUAGUUCACACUAAAAGGUUGUAUUCUAUUCCCAUUUAAAGAUAUAAAAGUUAUUAAUUUGUUUCAUACAAUAUCAGAUUUUCAUAGGGGAAAUUUCAAUUUCAGGGGACCCCACAUGGGGUGCCGACCCCAAGUUUGGGUGCCACUGCUCUAGCUUGACAGGCUGACAUAAUAACACCCACUGGUGGUAAUCAAAUCAAACCAAGCUUUAUUUAUACAGCACAUUUCAGACAUGGAAUGCAAUGCAAUGUGCUUCACAGGAAAGAACUAAAUAAAAAACUAUGAAAAUAAAAUAUGAAAUAUUUACUACAUAACAAACAUAAGAUACAAAAAAAAGAAUGGCACAGACUGAACAACUAAAAAACACCCUGAGGAAAAGCAAAGCUAAAAAGAUGUGUUUUAAGAUCUCUUUUAAAUAUGUCCACAGUUUCAGCCCUCCUCAGGUUCUCUGGCAGGCUAUUCCAGAGUCUGGGGGCAUAGUAACUAAAGGCUGCCUCUCCAUGCCUCUUGGUUCUAGGCUUUGGGAUAGUUAAAAGGCCAGUGCCAGAGGACCUGAGGGACCUACUGGGUACAUAACUUAAAAGCAUGUCUGACAUGUAUUGGGGUGCACAAUCGUGGAUUGAUUUAAAAACCAAUAUAGAAGAAUCUUAAAAUUAAUUCUAAAACUCACAGGCAGCCAGUGCAGAGACCUUAAAACCGGUGUAAUGUGUGCUCUCCGUCUGGUCUUGGUCAGUACCCGUGCUGCAGCAUUCUGUAUGUUUUGCAGUUGACCAAUGGCUUUCUUGGGUAGACCAGACAGGAGAGCAUUACAGUAGUCAAGACUUCUUGUAUCUCUGUAUCAGCCUGAGAUAGAAACGGCCGCACCUUGGCAAUGUUCCUCAGGUGGUAAAAAGCUAUUUCGGUCACAUUCCUAAUGUGUGAUUCGAAAUUUAGUUCAGAAUCUAAAAUAACACCUAGAUUUUUACCCUGUGUUUUAUCUUUAUUGCCCGCUAAUUAAAAUGUGCUGCCAGAUUCUCUCUCUGUGCUUUGGCUCCAACAAUAAGUACCUCAAUCUUGAUUUAGCUGGAGGAAGUUGUGAGCCAUCCAAGUAUUUAAAUCAGUAAUACAGUCUAAUCAUUUAUCCGUGGAACUAAAAUGAAAUAAAGAGGGCUGACUGUUGUAUCCCCCCACCCCCAUCCCCCUUCUCUACAGCAUGGAGAUCUGCCACCCCAAGAACACCAUCACCAUGUGCCCGCUGUGUGACAGAGCAUGUAGCUACUGGAAACUGAAGGAAGCCUGCGGGACGGCUCGGGCCAGCCACCUCUUUGACAACCCUGCCACCGUCUUCUUCUCCAUCUUCAUGGCCCUCUGGGGUAAGAGGUUGAGGCUUGUCUACACAACAGAACAGAACAACUUUAUUUAUUUGUAUCAUUUAUUUAACAGGGACAGUACUCAAUAAUCAACGGCCCUGCGAUAGACUCACGUCCUGUCCAAGGGGGUGUACUUGUACAUCAAGCUACCUCACAUUGCAAUGCUUAAAGGUCAGAUCAAUGCCAGUGGGCUGGACAGACCACAAUAUUGUGACCAUAACCAUGAACACCAAGGCUCCAAAGAAACCCCCAAUGAUUGUGGUCAAGAGAAAACAAAUACACAUUUAAUUAUGAGCAAUUUCAAAAUGAUUUUGCUGCUGUACCCUGGGAAUUAAUUUAUCUAGAGAAUGAAAGAGUACAGUUGGGGAUCGUCAAUCUCCAUGGAUUGAUAAUGAACUGGGUGAGGUGUUUUCUCAAAUAAAUAGGGCAAAAGUCUUAGCAGCCAAAUCUAAACUAGAAAUGGAUUAACAGAAUUAUAGAACACUACGAAAUGAUGCAGUUAAAUUAAAUCGUAAGAAAAAUAACUUUAUUUUACAAAAAUGCUUUCAUUGAUUGUAAAAAAUGAUUAAAAAAAGGUAUGGAAUACAGUUAAGGGCUUACGUGGGACAUCUAUCUCAUUUACAUUAUUUAAUUUUUGUCAUUUAGCAGACGCUCUUAUCCAGAGCGACUUACAGUUAUACAUUAUUGAGUGCAUACAUUAUUUUUAUUUAUUUUAUUUUUAUAUAUAUAUAUAUAUAAUUUUUUUUUCAUACUGUGGGAAUCUACACCAGGAUCUCUAGUGGCACAGCUAGCACUGCAAUGCAGUGCUUUAGACCACUGCGCCACUCGGGAGCCACUCUCAUCAUGCCCAUCUAGUGUGGAGGUUGACGGGAGAACAACAUAAAAACCAGCUGACUUUGCCAAUCAUUUUGCUGAUUGUUUUUCACAAAGAAAACACAUUUACUGAGAGAUAAUGUAAACACCCAGUCUUCCAAACAAGCUAUUGUCCAAUAGAUUGAUGAUCAUAUUAUUAUUAUUAUAUGAUUAUUAUUAUUAUUAAAAACAGAUAUUUUAGUCUACUGCUGGUGUCAGUAGAGGAGGUGUUAAACCUAUUGAAGUCAUUACCCAAUGGUAAAUCUACAGGUUAUGAUUUUAUGGACAAUUUUUUACUUCGCUACGUGGCUCCCCAGAUUGCAGCUCCACUGACAUACAUAAUGAAUUGGUCACUGGAAAAGGGGCAAUAUCUUAAUGUAUGGAGGCAUGUUAAACUGUGUCCAAUCCCGAAAGACAUCAAAGAACCCCUUACUCCUGCCAAUAGUCGACCAGUCAGUCUACUCCCUUCAAUAAGUAAGAUAUUGGAGGGUAUUGUGAGUAAACAAAUAUGGGAGUACAUGGAAAAUCAUGAUCUGAUCACAGCCAAUUAGCAUGCUUAUCGCAAAAACCAUUCCACUACCACGGUAUUGGUUGACAUGACUGACCAGUGGCUCAGUGCUAUGGAUAAUGGAUCAUGGAUCAUGGAUCAUGGAUCAUGGAUCAUGGAUCAUGGAUCAUGGCAAGUUAUUUUUUUUCUGUUCUUUUCUUCUUUAUUUUAUUUUUAACCCAUCCACAACCCCCCCUCGUCGGAGGACACACACACAUAUAUAUAUAUAUAUAUAUAUAUAUAUAUAUAUAUAUAUAUAUAUUAUUUUUUUUUUACAGCUUUUCUGCUACAUACAUUUUACAUAUACAUUUUACAUGUACAUUUUACAUACACAUUUUGCAUACACAUUUUACAUACAUGGUACUUUUAUAUACAGCAAUCACAUAACAAUAAUACAUAAGUUCUUCAAACCCACUCCUCAGUCACUCUCAGCCCAUCCCACCUAUCACCAUAGACCACACUCGUUUGGUUUCCAUGAAAAUGUAUGCACUCACUAACUGUAAGUCGCUCUGGAUAAGAGCGUCUGCUAAAUGACAAAAUGUAAAAAUGUCAAAUAUAUUUUUCAAUUGUGCUGUGAUGUUUUACAUACAUUUUGAACGUUUCUAAUCGUAUAGUAUCCACAGAUUUUGAGCUAAAGAUUAAAACCUUUCCUACGAGUAUUAUUAUAUUAUUUAUUGACUGACUGACUACGGCUUUCCAAAUCGCUCACAAUAGCAAGUUUGUGGAUGUACUAUUUCUAGAUUUUAGUGCAGCAUUUGAUUUAGUGGAUCAUGAAAUACUUUUAACAAAAUUACUGCAUUAUGGGUUUAAGGAGGCAGCAUUGAAUUGGGUCCAGUCACAUCUAACUGACAGGAAACAGUCCACCUAUAUCGAUGGGUUGUUUUCUUCCCCUCAUGCCCUAGACUGUGGAAUACCGCAGGGCAACUGCCUUGGGCCACUUCUUUACUUAAUAUAUACCAACAGGGCCUCCCGAGUGGCGCAGCGGUCAAAGGCACUGCAUCGCAGUGUUACAGGCAUCACUACAGACCCAGGUUCGAUCCCAGGCUGUAUCACAACCAGACGUGAUCGGGAGUCCCAUAGGGCAGCGUACAAUUGGCCCAGUGUCAUCUGGGUUAGGGGAGGGCUUGGCCGGGGGGUCUUUACUUGGCUCAUCACGCUCUAGUGACUCCUUGUGGUGGGCCAGGCACCUGCAGGCUGACCUGAGUCGUCAGUUGAACGGUGCUUCCUUCGACACAUUGGUGCAGCUGGCUUCCAGGUUAAGCAGGCGGGUGUUAAGAAGCGCGGUUUGGCGGGUCAUGUUUCGGAGGAUGCAUGACUUGACCUUCGUCUCCCGUGCCCGUUGGGGAGUUGCAGCGAUGAGACAAGAUCGAAAUUGGGGAGAAAAAGGGGGUAAAAUACAAUAUACAGUGGGGGAAAAAAGUAUUUAGUCAGCCACCAAUUGUGCAAGUUCUCCCACUUAAAAAGAUGAGAGAGGCCUGUAAUUUUCAUCAUAGGUACACAUCAACUAUGACAGACAAAUUGAGGAAAAAAAAUCCAGAAUAUCACAUUGUAGGAUAUUUAAUGAAUUUAUUUGCAAAUUAUGGUGGAAAAUAAGUAUUUGGUCACCGACAAACAAGCAAGAUUUCUGGCUCUCACAGACCUGUAACUUCUUCUUUAAGAGGCUCCUCUGUCCUCCACUCGUUACCUGUAUUAAUGGCACCUGUUUGAACUUGUUAUCAGUAUAAAAGACACCUGUCCACAACCUCAAACAGUCACACUCCAAACUCCACUAUGGCCAAGACUAAAGAGCUGUCAAAGGACACCAGAAACAAUAUUGUAGACCUGCACCAGGCUGGGAAGACUGAAUCUGCAAUAGGUAAGCAGCUUGGUUUGAAGAAAUUAACUGUGGGAGCAAUUAUUAGGAAAUGGAAGACAUACAAGACCACUGAUAAUCUCCCACGAUCUGGGGCUCCACGCAAGAUCUCACCCCGUAGGGUCAAAAUGAUCACAAGAACGGUGAGCAAAAAUCCCGAACCACACAGGGGGACCUAGUGAAUGACCUGCAGAGAGCUGGGACCAAAGUAACAAAGCCUACCAUUAGUAACACACUACGCCGCCAGGGACUAAAAUCCUGCAGUGCCAGACGUGUCCCCCUGCUUAAGCCAGUACAUGUCCAGGCCUGUCUGAAGUUUGCUCGAGUGCAUUUGGAUGAUCCAGAAGAGGAUUGGGAGAAUGUCAUAUGAAACCAAAAUAUAACUUUUUGGUAAAAACUCAACUCGUCGUGUUUGGAGGACAAAGAAUGCUGAGUUGCAUUCAAAGAACACCAUACCUACUGUGAAGCAUUGGGGUGGAAACAUCAUGCUUUGGGGCUGUUUUUCUGCAAAUGGACCAGGACGACUGAUCCGUGUAAAGGAAAGAAUGAAUGGGACCAUGUAUCGUGAGAUUUUGAGUGAAAACCUCCUUCCAUCAGCAAGGGCAUUGAAGAUGAAACGUGGCUGGGUCUUUCAGCAUGACAAUGAUCCCAAACACACCGCCCGGGCAACGAAGGAGUGGCUUCGUAAGAAGCAUUUCAAGGUCCUGGAGUGGCCUAGCCAGUCUCCAGAUCUCAACCCCAUAGAAAAUCUUUGGAGGGAGUUGAAAGUCCGUGUUGCCCAGCGACAGCCCCAAAACAUCACUGCUCUAGAGGAGAUCUGCAUGGAGGAAUGGGCCAAAAUACCAGCAACAGUGUGUGAAAACCUUGUGAAGACUUACAGAAAACGUUUGACCUGUGUCAUUGCCAACAAAGGGUAUAUAACAAAGUAUUGAGAAACUUUUGUUAUUGACCAAAUACUUAUUUUCCACCAUAAUUUGCAAAUAAAUUCAUAAAAAAUCCUACAAUGUGAUUUUCUGGAAAAAAAAUUCUCAUUUUGUCUGUCAUAGUUGACGUGUACCUAUGAUGAAAAUUACAGGCCUCUCUCAUCUUUUUAAGUGGGAGAACUUGCACAAUUGGUGGCUGACUAAAUACUUAUUUUCCCCACUGUAUAUAUAUAUAUAUACAGUACCAGUCAAAAGUUUGGACACACCUACUCAUUCCAGGGUUUUUCUUUAUUUUUACUAUUUUCUAUAUUGUAGAAUAAUAGUGAAGACAUCAAAACAAUGAAAUAACACAUAUGGAAUCAUGUAGUAACCAAAAAAGUGUUAAACAUAUCAAAAUAUAUUUUAUAUUUGAGAUUCUUCAAAGUAGCCACCCAUUGCCUUGAUGACAGCUUUGCACACUCUUGGCAUUCUCUCAUCCAGCUUCAUGAGGUAUUCACCUGGAAUGUAUUUCAAUUAACAGGUGUGCCUUGUUAAAAGUUAAUUUGUGGAAUUUCUUUCCUUAACGCGUUUGAGCCAAUCAGUUGUGUUGUGACAAGGUAGGGGUGGUAUACAGAAGGUAGCCCUAUUUGGAAAAGACCAAGUCCAUAUUAUGGCAAGAACAGCUCAAAUAAGCAAAGAGAAACGACAGUCCAUCAUUGCUUUAAGACAUGAAGGUCAGUCAAUCCGGAAAAUGUCUAGAACUUUGAACGUUUCUUCAAGUGCAGUCACAAAAACCAUCAAGCGCUAUGAUGAAACUGGCUCUCAUGAGGACCGACACAGGAAAGGAAGACCCAGAGUUACCUCUGCUGCAGAGGAUAAGUUCAUUAGAGUUAACUGCACCUCAGAUUGCAGCCCAAAUACAUGCUUCACAGAGUUCAAGUAAAAGACACAUCUCUGUUCAACAGGUACAGGAAGACAAAUCUGUUCAACAGGUACAGCAAGCUCUACAAGUAGAUCUGGAAAAUACCAGGAAGUGGGUCUGCUGGAACAAACUUGUUUUGAACGCUAAGAAAAUCAAGGUUAUGUUAGUCUGUUCCACCACGAAAAGGCCAACACAACAUGGGAAGCGAUUAAGCAUGGGGGGACUACAAAUUGAGGAAGUGGCAGAAACCAAACUACUAGGAUUGCAGCUAGAUAACUGCCUUAUCAUGGUCAUCUCAAAUAACUAAUCUAUGUAAGAAAAUAAAUAAAACUGCAUGCAUGGUCAGAAGGAUUACUAAAUAUUUAGUGGGAAAGAUUCUUAAAGGUUCAGAAAUCGCUCAGCCAUUUCCUGGUUGCUAAAAUUCUAAUUGUUCGCCUAAUUUCAGUGUAUGUGACAAAACAAGCAAGUAUGGUAUAGAGAAUCAUUGUUCCAUCUAAACCGCUGUGAAAUAAUUUUCCAUAACCAAAAAUAUUGUAUUUUCAGCUGUUUGAAGCUGGUGUACAAAACCGAAAGUAAAAGAUGCAAAAACUAAACUUAAGAACGGGAAGCAUAGAAUUAGUACACAUAGAACAGAUAUACCGCUUCUUAGACUUGCUUUCAAUGAGAAGACCUAAAACUCACAUUUCUAUGUGAAUUUGGUCGGGUCGCCCAAAAAGUUACAUAUUGCAGCUUUAAGCAAACAACCCAAGCAUUAAUUGGGAGUCAGGUGAACUACUGUUCUGUGGUCUGGGGAAAUCCAUCAGCGAGGGAGAUUAGGAGGCUGCAGAUUGCACCGAACAAAGCAGCAAGGAUUGUACUAAGGUGGAGAUAUUAUUUUUCUGUUGUAGUCAUGCACAAUGCUCUUGGGUGGUCAUCAAUCAACACAAUUAUUGAAAGAAACAUGCUUAUUUAUUUCACAAUGUACACCAUUUAAAAUGGCCAAACUCCAUUCAAAAGAGGAUUCAAUUUGUAAGAGACAGACAUUCAGUCAAUACUAGGAAUAGAUUGUCCACCGUCUAUGUGUUAUUCCAGACAGAGAAGAGAAAAAGCCAAAAUAACAUUUUGAUUCAGAGCAUUAAAGAAAGUGAAUAAUUUAUCUGAGCAAACCAGAAACAUUUCAAUAUACAUUAUAAAUUCAAACAAUACAUUAGAACCAUUUAAACAAGCUAAAUUGGAAGGUUGUGCAGGACUAUGGUAGAUGAAGGAACCAAUCUAUCUUUUCAGACUGUCAGAGUAUUUAUCUGGUCAAUAUGGAAGUGUAUUAUGUCUGCUGUUUGUAACGGUAUGUUAUACUGUAUGUGAACAUUUGAUUGUAUUAUAAAUUGUAUUUUAACUCUUGGAAGAUUAGUCUGAAUGAGGACUAAAAGAGAUCCUAAUAAAAUAAAAUAAAAUCACAGUACAGAAACAGGAAAUAGGCUUCCACCCAAUGGGCCGUUCUAACUUGGACAAGGCUUAUUUCAGAUGAUACUCUCAAUUGUAACAAUGCCGGAUUUAGCUAGACAGCUAAUUUUCAUAGUCCACCCAACAGAACUGCACAACCAUCUCAACUUUUGUAAUAGUAAGGAUAUAUGCCACUUAGCAGAUGCGUUUAUCCAAAGUCUAAGGAGUUCGAGUUAAGUUCCUAUGGCACAGAAGCCAUCUCCUCAUACAAUCCACCUGACAUUGUCCAUAUCCACCGGCUCUAUACACAUCCACCUGACAGUUGCCACUCCACCUACGUAGCAUAUGUCGUAUAUCCCUGACAGUCUAUCCCACCUGACAGUCCAUUGUCUCUAUACACAUCCACCUGACAGGCCAUCGUCUCUAUACACAUCCCCUUACAGUCCAUGCUCUAUACACAUCCACCUGACAGUCCAUCGUCUCUAUACACAUCCACCUGACAGGCCAUCGUCUCUAUACACAUCCCACCUCACAGGCCAUCGUCUCUAUACACAUCCCACCUGACAGGCCAUGUCUCUAUACACAUCCCACCUGACAGGCCAUCGUCUCUAUACACAUUCCCACCUCACAGGCCAUCGUCUCUAUACACAUCCCACCUGACAGUCCAUGUCUCUAUACACAUCCCACCUGACAGGCCAUCUCCUCUAUACACAUCCCACCUGACAGGCCAUCGUCUCUAUACACAUCCCACCUGACAGGCCAUCGUCUCUAUACACAUCCCACCUGACAGGCCAUCGUCUCUAUACACAUCCCACCUGACAGGCCAUCGUCUCUAUACACAUCCCACCUGACAGUCCAUCGUCUCUAUACACAUCCCACCUGACAGGCCAUCGUCUCUAUACACAUCCCACCUGACAGGCCAUCGUCUCUAUACACAUCCCACCUGACAGUCCAUCUCCUCUAUACACAUCCCACCUGACAGGCCAUCUCCUCUAUACCCAUCCCACCUGCGGCCUACAGUAGAGCGAGGGCGUGUGUAUGUAUGUGAUCCCGGGAAAUGCAGGAAAUGAACCCUCAACCUCGGCCCAUCUAGAACCACACUCUUACCAACAGAGCCACCGAGGACUUCUCUAAACAAUAGGACUCUUCUCACUCUCUGCUCUUCCUCACUUUCACCUGUUUUGUUCGUCCAGUUGUCCUCUUUCUUUGUUUCCUUUGUUAAUUCCUGCGUCCACUAUUAUUUUGUUCUUUCUCUCUUUCCGGCUCUUUCUCUCUUUCCGUCUCUCUCUCCUCUAUGACUGUUUCAACGGACCACUCAGCCCUGUAGACUAGACUGUACAGAGUCUUACUAUGUGGAUUAAACCAUGCAUGCUUUCCCUUAAAAAAUGGGCUCUUUGCUGGUGCGUUCCUGUUCUGUUCAUUGUCACAGUGAGGCUGGGCCUGUGAGGCCUGAGGCUGAAGGCAGACUGAAGGCAGGAGGCAAUAGACUUGGAUUUAUUUGCAGUUAAAUUUGCCUACUGUGUGUGUGUGAUAUGAUAGGUUUGGAUGAGACACUACCGUGUACAGUACUGCACCAGUUCAAGUGUUACAGUAUGUUGUGUCUUUGUUAUGUAACUAGUGAAAGAAUGAUGCAACUGUCGUCCCUCACCGUUGGAGGUAGGAAGUAGUGUUUUACUGGAUCUCAACUGGGAUACAAGAUGUUAUUCUCAGAGGACAUGGCAAAUCCUUAACAAUUAGCCAAAACAUUUCUUUCAAAUACAUUUAUACAGCAUCCUCAGGCAUUUAAUUAAUCUACUGGGUCACAUUCAAGUCUGAUGAUGACUUUUUGCUAACUCACAAAAAUGCAAACUCCCCAUUUAGUUUUAGUAGAACAACUUAGUGUGUGAAAUACAGAGAAUUAAAAGGCCUUUCCAUUAGAAAAGGCAUUUUCAGACCAACUGGAGUAAAUAAAUUAGAUAUAUUUUUUGAUAAUUGUCUCUGCCCUCCCUGUCUCUCCUGUCAGAGUCAAUAUUAUGACCAGAAUGUUGUUUUUGUUAUCCACAGAUGUAUAUACCAGCAUACAUGUUGUCAUACUAAAAUGUUUACUCCACAUGAGUGUUCUCUUUCAUUUAAUCACUCAAUGUUGAGGAGACUAAACUGCUUGGUGUAACCCUAGAUUGUAAACUGACAUGGUCAAAACUGACAAGUAACUCAAGCGAGCAGUAAAAUCUGAUUUUAAAAAAUCUAAAUCAAAGAUACAUCUCACGGCACAACGCGCCUGUGAAGAGACACACACACACAAAUACACACAUGCACACACACUCUAACACACACACACACAUUGGAAUGUUGUGGUAUUGUGGAUUUUAUAUUGUACAUUUGUAAUAUUAGAGUAAUGAUGUAAUAAUGUCUUGUUUGAUGUAAACGUUUUUUUUAUGAUGUAGGCUGUUGUUGUGUUUUGUUGUGAUGUAACUGUUUUAACCUUGUUUGGACCCAAAGAAGAAUAGUAAUGGGUAUCCUACUAAAUAUCCCCAAAAUACUAAAUGUCACCACUAUCUCCCAUAUCCCAAAGUGGUGACAACGUCUCAUUCAGAGAACCAAGGUUACUCAUUGAGUGGUUUAUUUUUCACAGCUGCUUGUGGAGCACCCAUAGUCUGGCGAGAGAGACUAUUCUUCGAGUAACCGAGACGCUUUGGUGGAUGAACAUUAUAUGGAUAAAAUGUAGAACAUUUGAUUGCCCCAGGUGCCCGUCUGCAUAUCCCUGCCACCAUCCCUGCUAUCCCACAAGACUAGAACAUACCUGGAAUCUAAUUAAUGUCAUCUCUACAAAUUUAGCUCCUCAUCCCUCACACGUGGCAAUUGAUCAUUUUUGCUCAUUAUACAUUUAAUAAUUGAUCGCUGCAAUCCUAAUUUUAGCACAUUUAUUACGCCACACGCACAUAAUCAUCCUGGUCGGGGAACCAUAAUUGGACUGCCAGGGUAACUGAUCGAGAUAAAUAACUUUCUACAUAAUCUGCCCAAUGUUGAAAUUUAAACAACUGAAUAAAAAAAAUUAUGCUUUAUGGAGGUAGAUUUAAUGUAAAUCGUUACCAAACUUUAAUAUCUUUAAAGCUACAGUCUUUGUUUUGAAAAACAACAAAACAGCAGCUCCAUCACUUGUUUUGGUAUACAGCUGAGGGAUGAGGCUUUGGAAAUGUAACCCCUCUGAAAUUCAUACAAGGCACUCCAGAUCAAAGGACUGACAAUCUUGUUGAUAUUGUGGAUUAUGUUCUUCAUGCGUUCAUGGGGCUCUCAAUAGAACUCUUAACCGUGUUGUGUUUCUGCAGCUGCCAUGUUCAUGGAGCACUGGAAGAGAAGACAGAUGCGUCUCAACUAUGAAUGGGAUCUGACAGGCUUCGAGGAGGAAGAGGUGAGUGCUCUCCGGUUAGUGUCUUACAUUCCACCACUAUUUGUUUGUAAACGGGAGGACCAUACUGUGGACUGUCCCAAAUAAUGCUGAGAGAUGAUGAGUUCAUGUUUCAAAAUGCUGUUCUUACUGCCCACUAACAUUUCCUCCACAUAAUAGUUUAUUAUUCAUAAUUCCAUCACUAGCCAUGGGACUCUGAAUAGGAGAGAAAUUGUGUAUAACUAGAUUUCAGUUCUCGUCAGUGUUGUCUUGUUUGGAGACACAACAAUAACUGGCACAGUAGACGGAAAUAAAUAUUAUAUUUUUUCUUCAAGACCAUUUUCCCAAAAAUAUUUAAAGGUUGAGAUAUUUUUGUAACUAUCUUGUCCUCCUCUUUCCCCCGUGGGUAUCUACAGGAAGAGCUGAAGGUUUGGAACAUUUCAUUUUACACAAAAUAUGUAUAUUUUUUCCCCCUCAAUCACCGUCUGGCUUUGCUACCCCCGCACUGGCUCUUCUUCCUCAGACUGUCCACGGACACCUCCUCACCCUUCUAAAGCACCCACAAAACACCACUACCCAUUGAACCACCACUCUUUUUCUGAAUGCCCACUAGCGUUGCACAAUUCUGCAACUUCCAACUGGGAUUGCUGGAAAACCUAGGAAUUUUGCAACCCUAAUGCCCACUGCUUCUGGCCUGCUCACAGCACCUGUACCGUCCUGUCUCCUGUGAGUCGGAUGUCAGGUUCAGCUCACCCGCCCACAAUAUCCUGGCCUAGCCAGCCCUCUCGCUGUCUCUUUCUGUCUCCCUGACCUGUCUCCUCUGCAAAGAUUCAUGCUGCAGGAAACCAGUAGCCACUGCAGCCUUCUAACCAUCUCAGUAGAAAUAGGGAACCAGUGAUUGUAGUCAACUGUGGUCUUAUGAAAGGAAAAUAUUCUACCUACUCUGUACUGUAGAACUUGACUGGGCUAUAUAACCUUCUCACCUCACCACCAAGUGUGUUGUCACAAGGAAUCUCCAAUUGGGUGAACAGUGACAGCCGUAUUAAACCCUGCACCUGAUGGGAGUAUUUUAUGAGUGUCCCAGUCAAUGUCCAUACAUUUUUAAGUGCCUCUGUCUCUAUUCCUUCCUCAGGACCACCCACGAGCUGAGUACGAGCUCCGAGUCAUGCAGAAGUCCCUGAAGAAAGAACACAAGACACAGAAGGUACUGGUUGGUUAUUCCAGAUUUUUACUGUAGCUAGCCAUUUAGAUUUUAUGUUGCUGGUUUAGUUUUUGUGAUUUGAUUUGCAGUCUCUUCUUUAGUCCGGAUGUUUGGAAAAGUGUAUGUCUCUUACAAAACGAUGAAUCCUCUACAGUGGUAGAUUGAUACGUGUACAGUAUGAUAUGGGUCUUAGACUAAAGACUACAGUCUGAUAACAGUCUUUUACAUGACUAGCGUGUGUUUCCUCUUCUUUUCAUAUUUUUGUCUUGUGGUUCUGCUGGGUUGCUGUGUUUAUGUCUUCUGACUGUCAGAAGCCUACAGAGAUAGCAGAAGAAACCACAAACAAAUGGAAGCAAACAGUUCAAUCUGCCAUGGCUGGGCUAAAACUGGUACUUUCAGUGUCCUCACCUCCCAUCCACACCUAUCCCACACACACUGCACUAUGGAAGUCUGCCAAGACAAGCCCUAAUCCUCCUACUCACCCCGUCGGGUCUAAUUUAAUGAACGGAGAAGACUCUUUUAUCUGCGAAGCACAUGAUUGAUUUUGCACACAACGUUUUGGCAAAUACAGUAUUUUGGAUUAAGCCUGGGACUUGACACGUCAGUCCAUUUCACAUACUGUAGAUAGCGCUCUCACUGAGAUCCAGCCACACUCACACACGCCUCUGCUCGCCGUCACGUUUUACAGAGCUGCUGUUCGAACCUCUUCCUUUUCUUCUUGACAGUUGUUUGAUUGUUUUUUUUUUUUUUCUGAGAUUGGAUUCUUUAGAUCUGAUUUCUCCAUAGUGGUAGUGCUUGGUGCAUGUUGUAAUGUUCUGGUAGUGAGAUUGAGCCAGUGUGGUUUGUUUUUUUGUAGUUCCAUAGACCAGGGGUCUUCAACCUUUUCUAGCCCAGGGACCCCUUCCUGGAAGAGGAAGUGUAAACUCUAACCUUUUCACUAAGAGCAGCUGUUUAGCUGGUUAAACAAAGGUUAGCCAUGUAAAAAAGAAUGUCCAAGUCAAGAAAGCUUACCAGUAGCCAAUGGCACUUGCCGCGACUGGUACUCGCGGGUGCUUUUUCAAAACCUAUGUGAGAUACUCGAGUGAGUGUAAAUGACUGUAGAGAACAUUAGGAGUUGACAUCAUCAGAAAAAAUAUUUUCUCCUCUUUGCUACAUUGAAAUGCUACAUUUAAAUACCCCCUGCAUUACCUCCAUGGACCCCUAGGGGUCUGCGGACCAAGGUUGAAUACCCCUGCCAUAGACAGCAUGUUCGCCUGUUCUGUUCCAAAUGGCUGCUGGAAGGUUAUUGACAUGGCUGUGUCAACAAUGACACCCUAUUCCCUAUAUAGUGCACUAGUUUUGACCAGGUUCACUAUUUAGGGAAUAGGGUGCCAUUUCAGACGCAGCCAUGUUCUGACUGAGAUUUGCUGCAUAAAGAAUGAUGAGAAUGACUUAAUAAAUGCCUGAAAUAUAGUGAAUGAACUGUGAGAACACCGUACAACCCUUUGACUGUCAGUGUUGAAUAAUUAUGUAUGAAAUGUUUAUUUCUGUGUUGUGGUUGUGUCAGCAUCAAAACACCAGCUUUUCCACUCUCCAUCCAUCGCUCUUUGGAUUAUUCUGCUCACUGGUCAUGUUAAUUUUCACAUACAAACAGUUACAGUACACUUGGCUGUAACUCGACAGGUCUGAAUAUUUGAACCCCUCUUUUAGACAGAAAAAGAAAAGCUGACGUGCAGAGACCGGUUACCAGCGUACAUGACCAACGUAGUCAUGAUGCUUUUGAUGGUGAGUCCAACACAUAGUAAGAUGUAAGCUGCUCAGAGGUAUUUUAGAUACUUUUAUUAAACUGGAUUUUAAAGGUGUAGUUUAAACGAUCAGUAUAAUAUGUACUGUAGCCAGACUUUUGGCUAUAAUGCUGUAUAUAGAAAAAGCCCUUCUCUGUCAAUGCCUCAGAUUGUACACUGGAAAUGAAUAAAUGGUGAGAAAGCUCCUAAAGAGUGUUACAUGCUGACCAGACCGCUCGCGUGUGCGUCCGCGUGCCCCAUCGUGUGCAUGUUGAUUUUGUCCACCCACACCAGAUGCAAUCAGGACACGCAGGUUGAAAUAGCAAAACGAACUCUGAACCAACUAUAUUAAUUUGGGGACAAGUCGAAAAGCAUGAAACAUUUAUGGCAUUUUAGCUAGCUAGCUUGCUGUUGCUAGCUAAUUUGUCCUGGGAUAUAAACAUUGGGUUGUUAUUUUACCUGAAAUGCACAAGGUCCUCUACUCCAACAAUUAAUCCACAGAUAAAAGGGUAAACCGAGUGAGUUUCUAGUAAUCUCUCCUCCUUCAGGCUUCUUCUUCUUCUUUUGACUUUAUAUGACUGUUGGCAACCAACUUUAAGGUGCGUUACCACCACCAACUGGACUGGAGUGUGGACCUCAGUUCAUCUUUCAAUCACCCACGUGGGUAUAUGCUCCUAAAAACCAAUGAGGAGAUGGGAGAGGCAGGACUUGCAGCGCGUCAAGCAUCACAAAUAGAAUCAAGUUCUAUUUUAGCGCCUGGCCACGCAGACGCUUGUUGACGCGCGCAAGCAGUGUGGAUGCAAUUAUUGAAUAACAUGUAUGUGUACAUUUAUUUUGCAAUGCUCGCACACGCGACGUGAGCGGUGUGGUCAGGAUGUUACAGAUGAUUCCUGAGCAAAUUAAGUGACCUUGAAAAAGGACUCCAACCCAAAUAAAUCAAUGGUGACCUUACCAUUGCUUCCUGUCUCUCCGUUCAGAUCGGGGUAACGUUUGCCAUAGUGUUCGGAGUCAUCCUUUACCGGAUCUCCACCAAGGCAGCGCUGCACAUGAGCAACAACCCCACCACACGGUCCAACGUCCGUCUGACGGUCAAAACCACCGCUGCCAUCAUCAACCUGGUGGUCAUUUUGAUCCUGGAUGAGGUGUACGGAGCUGUCGCCCGCUGGCUCACUGUCCUCGGUACGUUAGUCUGACAACAGCACACACACACACACACACGCACACACACACACACGCACACACACACACACACACACACACACACACACACAGUCUGAGAACUUAACACACACAGACACAGACACAGUCUGAGAACUUAACACACACACACAGACACAAAGGCUCAUUGUCCUAGGUACAUCAGUCUGACAACUUAACAGACACAGACACAGACACACACACACACAGACAGACACACCACACACACGCACAAAUACACCCACACACAUGGAACUGUCUCCCACUGGCUCACCGUCCUAGGUAUGUGCAACAACCUAAUUUAAUCUAAUGUGAUAAUAAUGCUAUAGCACUUUUAAAGACUGUUCCUACAUGUAGCUAUCAGCAAGGCUUUUUGUGUUCCUUUUAUCACUGGCCUAGAUCACUCUGACAACUUGACAACAGCAUCCAAAGACCCAUUUACAGAACUUAGAAAAAGUAGAGCGUCUUUAAGUGCAUCUUGCAUUGACAGUGUGCCAACUUCCCUAUUAGCUGUAAGUUACCACUAGAAAGGCUUUUUGGGUGCUAUUUCUAACAAUAUGCCAAUGUACUGUCUCAUCGUGCUACCUACCUUUCAAACUCAAGAUAGAUCCAAAAUUGAUUUCCUUCUAGAACUGACAUUUGGUGUAUUGAAUGCAGUGCAACAUUCUAACUCCCCUUGCUGUAGAAGGAUUCCACUAUUCUCUUUAAAGUCCAGUCUCAAGCAGCAAUGGCCUUACGAGUUAUUUAAUAACGUCUGAACAUCUACUGUCUGUUUUCUCAGAGGUUCCAAAGACAGACAAGAGCUUUGAGGAGAGGUUGAUAUUCAAAACGUUCAUCCUGAAGUUUGUGAACGCCUUUACACCCAUCAUAUACAUAGCAUUUUUCAGAGGCAGGUGAGUCCCCACAGUCUUAGUCUUUCUCCAACCACUCUCUACUGAUCUGUAUGAGCUUAUAAUGUUAUGCUAUGUUAUGCUAUUCUAUGUUAUACUAUGUUAUGCUAUGCUAUGUUAUGUUAUGUUGUUAUGCUAUGUAAUGUUAUGUUAUGUUAUGUUAGAUUAUAUUAUGUUAAUAUGUUAUGUUAUGCUAUUUUAUGCUAUGUUAUGUUAUGUUAUGCUGUGUGAUGCUAUGUUAUGUUAGAUUAUAUUAUGUUAAUAUGUUAUGCUAUGUUAUACUAUACUAUGCUAUGCUAUGUUAUGUUAGAUUAUAUUAUGUUAAUAUGUUAUGCUAUGCUAUGUUAUGCUAUGCUAUGCUAUGUUAUGCUAUGUUAAAUGAUAUUAUAUUAUUAUACUAUGUUAUGCUAUGUUAUGCUAUGCUAUGUUAUGUUAUGCUAAGCCAUGUUAUCUAAUGAUUUGCUAUGCUAUGCUAUGUUAUGCUAUGUUAAAUUAUAUUAUAUUAUUAUACUAUGUUAUGCUAUGUUAUGCUAUGCUAUGUUAUGUUAUGCUAAGCCAUGUUAUCUUAUGAUUUGCUAUGCUAUGCUAUGUUAUGCUAAGUUAUGUUACAGUGCCUUGCAAAAGUAUUCAUCCUCCUUGGCGUUUUUCCUAUUUUGUUGCAUUACAACCUGUAAUUUAAAUUGAUUUUUAUUUGGAUUUCAUGUAAUAGACAUACACAAAAUAGUCCAAAUUGGUUAAGUGAAAUGAAAAAAAUAACUUGUUUCAAAAAAUUCUAAAAAAUUAAUAACGGAAAAGGGGUGCGUGCAUAUGUAUUCACCCCCUUUGCUAUGAAGCCCCUAAAUAAGAUCUGGUGCAACCAAUUACCUUCAGAAGUCACAUAAUUAGUUAAAUAAAGUCCACCUGUGUGCAAUCUAAGUGCCACAUGAUCUGUCACAUAUAUACACCUGUUCUGAAAGGCCCCAGAGUCUGCAACAACCACUAAGCAAGGGGCACCACCAAGCAAGCGGCACCAUGAAUACCAAGGAGCUCUCCAAACAGGUCAGGGACAAAGUUGUGGAGAAGUACAGAUCAGUGUUGGGUUAUAAAGAAAUAUCAGAAACUUUGAACAUCCCACGGACCACCAUUAAAUCCAUUAUAAAAAAACGGAAAGAACAUGGCACCACAACAAACCUGCCAAGAGAGGGCCUCCCACCAAAACUCACGGACCAGGCAAGGAGGGCAUUAAUCAGAGAGGCAACAAAGAGACCAAAGAUAACCCUCAAAGGAGCUGCAAAGCUCCACAGCGGAGAUUGGAGUAUCUGUCCAUAGGACCACUUUAAGCCGUACACUCCACAGAGCUGGGCUUUACGGAAGAGUGGCCAGAAAAAAGCCAUUGCUUAAACAAAAAAAUAAGCAAACACAUUUGGUGUUCGCCAAAAGGCAUGUGGGAGACUCUCCAAACAUAUGGAAGAAGGUACUCUGGUCAGAUGAGACUAAAAUUGAGCUUUUUGGCCAUCAAGGAAAACGCUAUGUCUGGCGCAAACCCAACACCUCUCAUCACCCCGAGAACACCAUCCCCACAGUGAAGCAUGGUGGUGGCAGCAUCAUGCUGUGGGGAUGUUGUUCUUCGGCAGGGACUGGGAAACUGGUCAGAAUUGAAGGAAUGAUGGAUGGCGCUAAAUACAGGGACAUUUUUGAGGGAAACCUGUUUCAGUCUUCCAGAGAUUUGAGACUGGGAUGGAUGUUCACCUUUCAGCAGGACAAUGACCCUAAGUAUACUGCUAAAGCAACACUAUGUUAUGCUGUGCUGUGCUAUGCUAUAUUAUGCUAUGUUAGAUUAUAUUAUAUUAUUAUGCUAUGUUAUGCAAUGUUAUGCUAUGUUAUGCUAUGUUAUGCUAUAUUAGAGUAUAUUAUAUUAUUAUGCUAUGUUAUGCUAUACUAUGCUAUGUUACAUUAUGCUAUGUUAUGCUAUGUUAAUCACACAAUCUAUGUUAGUGAGACGUAGUAGAGUUGUCCUUGGGUAUUGCCUCUCCUAACCCUUAAUUUUCUUCCUGUGCUCCUACAGGCUUGUUGGUCGACCGGGAAGUUAUCUUUAUGUGUUUGAGUCGUACCGAAUGGAAGAGGUAAAAAGAAAACGUUAUACUCUAAAUCCUCCUCUUAAUCUCUGAGAUAGAAGUCUGCAUCAUGAACAGUCAUUUGGAGAUGUAUUAAAUAUUAGUAAUCUGACUGUAAAGGAAGAAAAACAAUAAGGAAUUAUUUGUAAUUGUAUACAUAUUCAAUUUUCAUUAAUUUCAUCAUUGCCUAAUGAACACAAUCUUUAUAAAUGUUGAAGUGCAGAUGGCUAUGAAUUAAGCAAUGUUAGUUAACCUAGAAACAUACAUUAGGAGUUCACAUAUUCAAAAUACAUCUGUAGUCAAGUCCUGCAAUUUAAUAAAAAAACACAGAAAAACAACCUAUGCACUACGAUGGACUUUUAAAAGAGAUGUCUCUCUUGAGCUGAUGACCAACGUUUACAGUGAACUUGGAUCUCUGUGAACGUCAGGGAAAUUGCCUUUAAAAGUCUAUUGCUGUGAGGAAGUCUGGGUUGGAUUAAAUCCCUUCCUUAGUGUGUCUUUUGUUAUGUCAGUCUGUCUAUAAUGGAAGUGUGAUACAGUACAGAAGGCCUAUAACUACUGUUUUUCCCCUGCAGUGUGCUCAUGGAGGAUGUCUGAUGGAGUUGUGUAUUCAGCUCAGUAUCACCAUGUUGGGAAAGCAACUCAUCCAGAACAAUCUAUUUGAGAUCGGCAUCCCGUGAGUACACACACACGCGCACGCACACACACACACACACACACACACACACCAAUAGUGUGUGUAUAUCAAGGAUUCACAGAAUCCCGUAAGAUCCACAGACCAACGCUUCUCUGUGGUUCUUAUCCCUGUCCGACUGUGCCAUUGCUUCUGACUAUCUCCCUGUGCCUACAGGAAGCUGAAGAAGCUGAUAAGGUACAUCAAGUCCAAGAGAAGGUCCUUCCAGGAAGAGGAGAGAGAGAAGAAGUUACAGCGCUAUGAGACAGACCACUUCCUUGAGCCCUUCGCAGGCCUCACGCCAGAGUACAUGGAGAUGAGUGAGUCUGUGUCUGUGUCUGUGUGUGUGUGUGUAUGUGUGUGUGUGUGUGUGUGUGUGUGUGUGUGUGUGUGUGUGUCUGUGUGUGUGUGUGUGUGGUGUGUGUGUUGUGUGUGUGUUGUAUGUGUGUGUAUGUGUGUGUCUGUGUCUGUGGUCUGUGUGUGUGUUGUGUUGUGUUGUGUGUGUGUGUGUGUGUGUGUGUGUGUGUGUGUGUGUGUGUGUGUGUCUGUGUGUGUGUGUGUCUGUUGUCUGUGUCUGUGUCUGUGUCUGUGUCUGUGUGUGUGUGUGUGUGUGUGUGUGUGUGUGUGUGUGUGUGUGUGUGUGUGUGUGUGUGUGUCUGUGUCUGUGUCUGUGUCUGUGUCUGUGUCUGUGUCUGUGUCUGUGUCUGUGUCUGUGUCUGUGUCUGUGUCUGUGUCUGUGUCUGUGUGUGUGUGUGUGUGUGUGUGUGUGUGUGUGUGUGUGUGUGUGUGUGUAUGACGCUGCUACAGCUCCCUGUGAGACCUUUGGUGUACAGCAUUCCCCCAGGACCAAUCAGUCAGACAGACCCUUCUCUCAGAGACUAUGUCACUGUCCAAAAGUCAAUACCAUGUAAACCUUCAUCUGAAUAUGCAUGUCCAGUCCACAUUGUCCAGUUGAUUUUAAAAUCAUCUUGCUCUGCUUUGUAUGUUCAGCUUGCACCUUGGUUUGACAGCGAAAUAGCAAAAGCAUUUAUUUUAAUCUUGUACUUUCCCAUUAACAUGUGUGGUGAGCAGUGGAGGCUCCUCAGAGGAGGAAGGGGAGGACCAUCCUCCUCAGUGAAUUUCAUAAAAAAUUAUAAAAGGUAAAACAUUACAAAAGUUAUCCUUUUUAGAUAUCACUAUACGGAUUAUAUUCACGUCACCAAAUAAUUUAUUAAAACACACUGUUUUGUAAUGAAGGUCUACAGUAGCCUCAACAGCACUCUGUAGGGUAGCACCAUGGUGUAGCCGGAGGACAGCUAGCUUCAGUCCUCCUCUGGGUACCUUGACUUCAAUACAAAACCUAGGAGGCUAAUGGUUCUCAACCCCUUCCAUAGACUUACACAGUAAUUAUGACAACUUCCGGAGGACAUCCUCCAACCUAUCAGAGCUCUUGCAUCAGGAACUGAUAUGUUGUCCACCCAAUCAAAGGAUCAGAUAAUUAAUCUAGUACUGAAAGUAUAAGCUACAGCUAGCUAGCACUGCAGUGCAUAAAAUGUGGUGAGUAGUUGACUUAAAGAGAGAGAAAGACAAUAGUUGAACAGUUUUGAACAUAUUCAUUUCUUUAAAAAUUAAGGAGAAGCAAGAGAGAGAUUUUCUUCAUUUUUUUUCACUUUCAGUUUCACUUACUUAGCUAGCAAAUGCAGCUAGCUAGUUUAGCCUACUCAAACACCCUGCUCAAACAGAGAUUUGUUAUGUUAGCUAGCUGGCUAUGACUAUCCAACACAACACUGGAACUCUUCCAAGUCAAGGUAAGCUUUUGGUUUUACUAAUUUAUUGCCACUGGGGCCAACCGGUGUAACUGCUAAACUGCUAACUGACUAUACAUUGUAAAGUUACUGCAUGAUUGUAGCGGGUUUACUAACACGUUAGUUCUAUUAGCUACAUUGACUAUGACGUAACUUUAGCUAAUAUGGUGACAACGAUUUAGGCUGUGUGUAGCAGUUAUGAUAUGGUUUGGCUUGGAAAGCUUUUUUCCGCCUGGUCACAUACAGCUGAUGUGUUGUACAUUGAAGUCCACCAACGAAGGGAAAAGGUGAGAGGAGGAGAGCGCAUAGAUGAGAGAAGGAAUACCACGUGGCUGCUAUAAAUGUGAACUGUGUUUACCCAUGACCAGGGGUGUAUUCAUUCCGCCGAUUCUGUUUUAAAAAACGUCUCUUAAACGGAAACAAACGGAACGAAACAGGGAUAAACAUACUUGAAUUUGUCCAAUUGAAACUCUCGUUUGCAACUGUUGGACUAAUGAUUACACCCUAGAUCAGCUAGAUGCAGGCAAGAGUGUGCAAGGCGGUAUUGAAUGUGUCGCUGUCUGUCCAUGUGUCACUGUCUGUCACCUCAACAUUUUCUCUCGACCUGUGUGCACCUAUGUUGUAAUCUUUCAUUCAUAGGCUAGGUUGUAGCAAUCUCAUUAUGGAUAUAGGGAAAAUUAAAGUAUCAGGUAGUAGCCUAAACCUAUCGAUGUUAAAUUGAACUGGGUGAAUGGAAUAUGAAUGACAGUCAUCCAAUAUGCUGUAAUAGAAAUAAGGCCAUGCUCAUGAAGAAAAAAAUAAUCAUCCUCCCUCAUCUUAAAUAUCACUGACCACCACUGGUGGUGACGGUUGCCUGACUUGCCUCUAGGUGUGAGUAAACCAACCCGUCUGUUGCUGUACAGUGACCCGCCCCAUGUUUUUAGUAUGGCAGCUACACGCCUCUUCCAUGGCAACUCCAAUGGGUAUUGGUCAGAUUUAGCUGUCUGCCACCAGUGUGACAUAUAUGAUUUUUCAUACAUGCGCUUGCUUGUUCCCCACACUCAGAAUCAAGUUUCAUGUUGAAUUUUAUCAUGCACUAGUGGUUGGAAAAUAUCACUGUGAUGUUUUGAGAUAUUAUAUAUCCUCAAAGGUGCAAAUAUGUAAAGUUGGUCCACCUUCGUUCAAAGACACGUGUCAUAACAGAUGUCUGUCAUUUCGUUUCAAGGUAAACAGAGUAUUAUGGUUGUGUCCUGAUUCUCCACCCAUCUCCCAAAGAGUGUGAACUUGGACAAUCCUUCAUGGAUUUAAAAUAAUUGGAUUGGUGUAGGCCUAAGCAUUGGCUUGAGGGAGUUAAGACAAUUAUUUACCAUGUCUGCUUGUCCGGGACAAGACACAUUUUGUCUGACAAGAAGAAUAUAGAUUUGCAUUGUCCGGAUGGUCAAGUAAAAAAAAAACACACAAAAAUCACAAUAUCAAGCAAUUACUCUGAACAGGCAGGGCGGUCUUUCAAUCCUCCCUGGUUGCGAGAUAUGCUAUUGAGAUCAAAGAGCAGAUCCGUAUGUAGCCGCAUGUGCACAUUUGUUAAUAUUCCUGGCUAAUUAGUGAGUUAUUUCAAAGUUAUAGCACAUUUUUGGUCAGCAAAUAGGCUUUUUACGGUCAUGAAAAUCCUGGAAAAUUCAUGCUUUGCGCAUCAGCUGCAUGUGUGCCAGUGUGAGUGGGCCAGAGGAGCGAGAGGGAAACACAACAGACUAACUAGAUAGCCAAUUCAAACCAUAUUGUGUACCCUGACUAGUUAUCUCGCUAGUUAACUAUUUAGCUAUUAUCAUGUCUUAAUGUAAUUGUCAUGUCCUAUGUCCUAAAAACGCAGCAGAAAGUUCAGCGUACCCCAAAUCCAGAGGUUGUGAGUUCAGAUCCCAGGUGGGGUCAUAUUGAAAUGUCAGUACUAAGUGAUCAUGUCAAAUGUAAUCAUAUUGUCAUUGAUGAAAGAUUUGUACACUAUUUUAGCUGAACAGCGUAUCACUUACCUUAAAACCCCCAUACCAUUUAAUUACUUCCCUUACGAAAAACCAUGUGAAAUUUGCAGUUUCACAUUUGAAAACCACAUUUUCACCUGAAAUCGCAUUUUCACAUGUGAAAGAACUGUUCACAUGUUGAGCUGAAAUUUUCACCUGUGAAAACAAAAGAGACAAGUGAGGUCAGUUGUUCACAUGUGAAACCAUAUGUUCACAUGUAUUCAAUAUAGGGUUCUCAUGUUAAUUAAUACCACCUUUUCAGAUGUGAGGAGAAUAACAUGUUUUCACCUCACAUGUGAAUUGCAGAUUCACAUGUGGAAUUUGUAGUUUCACAUGUGAAAAUCUAAUUUGCAUUUUCACAUGUGAAAACCUAACUCUCACAUGUGGAAUUGUAUUUUCACAUGUGAAAAACUUUCUGAUGUUGUCACGUGUAGUUACAUGGUAUCACAACAGUGGUGAACCAGCUUUACAUGUUUGCACCUUUGAGGAUAUAUAAUAUCUCAAUGCAUCACAGUGAUAUUUUCCGACCACUAGUGCGUGAUACAAUUCAACAUGAAACUUGAUUCUAAGUGCUUGGGAACAAGGAAGUGAUGUAAUGACAUUUUGCAUCCCCAUGUUGUCACAUUUAUUUCACAUAAGAUCCUGUUUUCACGUUCUCAAAUGUUUUCAUAUGUGUAGUUUCAUGUUAUCACAUUGACUUCACAUAAGAUCACAUGAUCUUCCGUAAGUGAACCUCUGUGGUGAGAGAAUUCUGAUAGGCCUUCAUGUUGGUUGAGAAACUAGAGUCAAUCAAUUGCAUCAAACAAGAAAAGGUUUUUAGACUGUCACUGUACUGGUUUUUGGCCUCGGCUUCAAACCUACAAAUGUGAUUAGAUUGAUUGAAGGAUUAGAUAGAGAUGGCUUUUAUUUUGUAUUGACUUUAAUCUUGAUGAAACCUCAGGUGGCUGGCUUUAGCAAAUGUCAGAGAUAGAAGUCAUUAAUGGAUGUGUGCGAGCCAAAGGCCAUUUUCCUCAGCUAGCUAAUUGGAACCCAUGUCUUUUGAUGACCUAGUAGAAGGUAUUAAUGAUUCCUGAAAUAUUUAACAGGGUAUUGAAUAGUGUUUCAAAGGCUGUAUGGGGAAAAAAUAUUUGGGGGUAAGAACUCAAGUUUUUCAAUUAUGAUAAUUUAGUUAGGUGUAUCACUAUUGUAAAGCAACAUUGAUUGAGUAGAAUGUAGCUUACUGCCAUUUCCGUCUUGGACAGAUUCAUGCUGUUGAAGGGUAAAACGAAUGGCACUCUUCAUGUGAUUCAUGUACUCAGCGAAUAUUUUUUAUAGAGGGAAACAAAACUUACACUGAGUGUACAAAACAUUAAUAUUAUAUUGUUAAUAUGAAUAUUGUAAUAUUGAGUUGCACCCCAUUUUGCCCUCAGAACAGCCUCAAUUUGUCGGGGCAUGGACUCUACAUGGUGUCGAAAGUAUUCCACACGGAUGCUGGCCCAUGUUUACUCCAAUGCUUCCCACAGUUAUGUCAAGUUGGCUGGAUGUCCUUUGGUUGGUGGACCAUUCUUGAUACACAAGGGAAACUGUUGAGCGUGAAAAACCCAGCAGCGUUGCAGUUCUUGACACACUCACACCGGUGCGCCUGGUACCUACUACCAUACCCUGUUCAAAGGCACUUAAAUAUUUUGUCUUGCCCAUUCAACUUCUGAAUGACACACAUACACAUCUCAAUUGUCUCGAGGCUUAAAAAUACUUAUUUAAUUAACUUGUCUCCUACCGUUCAUCUACACUGAUUGAAGUGGAUUUAACAUCAGUAAGGGAUCAUAGCUUUCACCUGGAUUCACCUGGUCAGUCUAUGUCAUGGAAAGAGCAGGUGUUCCUAAUAUUUUGUACACUCAGUGUACUUCCUCCCUGUGUGGGAGUUGGCUGGAAAUCAUUUUAGAAUUAUUCCGGGAACCAGUUACCAUUUUUUACUUGAAUAGCUCCCUAAGCCAAGCACAAUGAGAAGGGGAUGUAGCUAAUUGAAUGAAUGACUUCCUUCCUUCCUCCGUACCAAACCUGCACCCUGGGCCUUCUUCACGACAUACAGCAGUGUUUUUACUCAGCAGAUCCUCCUGUUGGCACACACCUGUGCCAGAUUCUCCAUCAGGCUCUAUUUACUUUAACUUGCUGUUUGGGCCAUGGCCCACAUCUCUCUUUUCCUGCUUUCUUCUUCUUCUUCUUCUUCUUCUUCUUCUUCUUCUUCUUCUUCUUCUUCUUCUUCUUCUCUUCUUCUUCUUCUUCUUCUUCUUCUUCUCUUCUUCUUUCUUCUUCUUCUUCUUCUUCUUCUUCUUCUUCUUCUUCUUCUUCUUCUUCUCUCCCUACAUCCACCCAUUUCUGGAGCUGGCAUUUGCAAGCAUAUACCUCAAGUCAAGUGAAAAGAGCAUCAGUGUUUUCAUCUAUUUCAUCAGGAGACUUCUAAACUACUUGUACUUAGCUUACCAUAUAUUUGCAGUGUAAGAGGACUGUUAAGACGGCUCUAAAGAAAGACAUUGUUUGUUCUCUGUCUGAACACUGUACUCUUGAGAAAGUCUUAAACAACAGUAGAGUCCAGUUACAGGGCUUUUAACUUACUUCACUCUCUCAAGAGGCAGUGUCUCUCAGUUCAUGCCAGGUAAGUAGGCCUAUUCUCAGGAUACAGAUAGUUUUAGACUUAACUUAAUGUUCAUGGCAUGGCAAAGAUAGGCUAAUUUGAUGCUACCGCAUUAUGGUAUCAUGGAUAUUAUGGUAUUAUUAAAGGAAUGUUCUUAUCCAAUGUUCCCAAUGGACUAUUAGUCGAAACCUUCACCAGUCACACCCAAGAUCCACAUAUGUAUUAUAGCAGUUGUAAAUUUUUACAGAAUUCUGCACCUUGCAGUGGUGUUGGAUUUCCCCUAGAGUGGCUUUUGAAGAGCACCUGCUUCUCGAACACAACUGAGCAAUGUGUGUGGAUGCGUUUGUGUUGAGAGAGAGAAGAGAGAGAGAGAGACGAGAGACGAGAGACGAGAGAGAGAGAGAGAGCGAGAGCGAGAGCGAGAGCGAGAGCGAGAGCGAGAGAGAGAGAGAGAGAGAGACCCUGUGCCCCCUCUACAGGCGUCUGCAUAAUAGGUUUGGUUUGCUCCUAGCAGAACUCGGCUAGGCAUAGUGAACGUCUGUGCCUCGCACACUCCCUUAAAAUGUUGUUGCUUGAAAAACUACAAAAAAGUGCCAAUAGUACUGUUUGCCUUAGACCCCCUCCCGUUUUCCGUCCCUCACAGUCUCUUCCCCUUCGUAACCAACAUAGUCAUGUUCCUGUGCCUCCCUGCCCCUCACCCUCUCCACCUAGCCCCCUGUCAUGUCCAUGCCCCCUCCCUCAGUAUCCUCGCCCUGCAAGACACUUAAAGAGCCCCCUUCUGUUCUCUCUAGUUUGGUCCACUCCCACUCAAUUGCCUUAUCAGCUGCAUCAAUAAAUUAAUUGUGUUGAUUUGAAUGACCUAAAAGUCAAAGUUGUUAUUUAACAAAUAUAUAUACACUACCAGCCAAAAGUUUGGACACCUACUCAUUCAAGGGUUUUUCUUUAUUUUUACUAUUUUUUACAUUGUAGAAAAAUAGUGAAGACAUCAAAUCUAUGAAAUAACACAUAUGGAAUCAUGCAGUAACCAAAAAAGAGUUAAACAAAUCAAAAUAUAUUUUAUAUUAUAUAGCCACCCUUUGCCUUGAUGACAGCUUUGCACACUGUAUAUAUAUUAUUUAAUACAUUUACAAGGGUCAUUCAAGGGUUUCUUGUUAUCCUACAUGCGAUGAGCACAUGGGCAUGUUUUAGAGCUAGCUACAGUAAGUGAUGUGAGGUUCAGAUCAUCUCUCCUGAUUGAUUUGUUUAGUCUUGUCGAGUGAUCAGGGCCUGUAUUCAUGAAGCAUCAGAGUAGGAGUACUGAUCUAGGAUCAGGUUGCCCCUGUCCAUUUAAUCAUGUUCAUUAUGAUCUAAAAGGCAAAACUGAUCCUAUAUCAAUACUCCUGCUAUGAGAGGCUCUUUGUGAAUACAGCAGGCCCUGGUGAAUAGACAGAUCAGGCUGAAAGACAUACUGUAGGCCUACGUGUAUACAGUGAGAUGUUCAUGUAAAGCUGAUGAAUGUCUCUCUAUCUCUGUGUCCUUGCAGUAAUCCAGUUUGGGUUUGUGACCCUGUUCGUGGCAUCGUUCCCGCUGGCCCCACUUUUCGCCCUCCUCAACAACAUCAUCGAGAUACGCCUGGAUGCCAAGAAGUUUGUGGCCGAGCUCAGGAGGCCGGUCGCAGCAAGGGCAAAAGACAUUGGUGGGUUCAAAGUUCACUCUUUAAGCCCACAGGUUAUUUUUGUUUAUAUUGAUUCCUUUCACAAUAAUAAACCUUAUAUUGAAUUCACUCCAAUAUAAGUGAUUUACAGAGAGAAAAAAACAUUAUGGUUAUCUCUGAUGUCAUUCUUGGGCCCUGAGUUCUAUGUGACCAUGUGACCAGAUGACCAGGAAGUCUCUUUUGCAUAAUAUAUUUUAUCUCAUCAAGAUGAACCUGUAUGUAUACACUGAGUAUACCGAACAUUAGGAACACCUUCUAAAUAUUAAGUUGCACCCCCUUCCCCUUUUGGCCUCAGAACAGCCUCAAUUCGUCGGGGGGUGGAUUCUACAAGGUGUCGAAAGCAUUCCACAGGGAUGCUGGCCCUUGUUGACUCCACUGCUUCCCACAGUUUUGUCAAGUUGCCUGGAUGUCCUUUGGGUGGUGGACCAUUCUUGAUACACACGGGAAACUGUUGAGUGUGAAAAACCCAGCAGUAUUACAGUUCUUGACACAAACCGGUGCGCCUGGCACCUUCUACCAUACCCCAUUCAAAGGCACUUAAAUCUUUUGUCUUGCCCAUUCACCCUCUGAAUGGCACACAUACACAAUUCAUGUCUCAAUUGUCUCCAGGCUUAAAAAUCAUUCUUUAACCUGUCUCCUCCCCUUCAUCUAUAUUGAUUGAAGUGGAUUUAACAAGUGACAUCAAUAAGGGAUCGUAGCUUUCAACUGGAUUCACCUGGUCAGUCUAUGUCAUGGAAGGAGCAGGUGUUCUUAAUGUUAUGUACACUCAGUGAAUAUAAAGGUUAAUUGAAAAUGGACUCAUGUGGUCAGGUAAAGAUUCAGGAAUGUAAAUGUAAUCUAGUGGUUGAAUCUGCAGAAUGGUGUCUCUAUUGUUUCUACAUACAAACUUACAAACAUAACUAGAGGGGGGAAUUUGUCCUACUGAUUUAUUACAGGCAUUGUUAUGCUUGUGCUUUUGUAGUAUUUUGCACCUCUGUGUUCUUAACUAAACGUCAGAUUGACAUAGAUCCAGGCAAAAAAACUCAUACCAUCCCACAACAAUAUUGCAGAGGCAUUAACCUUCUCUCUUCUCUGAUUCUAGGAAUAUGGUACAACCUUCUCCGAGCUGUGGCUAAGGUGGCCGUCAUCAUAAACGUAAGUCAUUCCGGUAAUCCCAGUCAAAUAGAAUAGUGGAAGUUGACCAAAUGAUGAAAAAACAACAACAAUUCUCUCACUUUAACAUAUGCUGUUUUGAUUUAGAUAAGGGAGUCACUGAAAUGUUCUGCGAAAGUUACAUUCAUUCCCCAACCCCCUCAACAAUAACAAGUCUGCACUUAAAACUAGAACGUCUUUCAUUGAAGCUCAGCCCGGUCCACAUUAAAGAGCCAGUCCUUUACUGUGAAUUUAUAUCAACACUCUUGGGGGAUUACUUGUAAAACCUCAUAAUUAGGCUUUUAAGAGGUUUCACCUCUAAAACGACUGCCCCUCGGUGCAGAGAAGACCCUACUUGGUCAGAAGGAGAGUUAACGUGGUCAUAAAUCCUGCAGACUCUCACUUCACUUCCAAAGGGAUCACCAUCGUCAUGGCGAUGUUGAAGUGAGAUCCAGAUCUGGGUUAUUUAUGACAACGGAGGCUUUCGAUCAAAAUGGAAAGGAGGGAAUCCUUCACCUCCAUCCUCCUCUUAUUGAGAGUGUUUCCGAUGGAACAGGAUAUCAAUGUGUCUUCACUUUAAGGCCUUGGAUACCCUCUACGUUUAUGUGCUGGCAAAUCUCUGAACCCAGAAUGAAAUCUCGCAUGGGCACUGGCCAGCUUCUCGGGUUAGGGUUAGGGCUAACAUUAACGUUAACAGUCAGUCACGAGAGACUAUAUGCUGAUUGACAGAUAGUUGCCGAUGUAGAGGGUAUACAGCACAUUGAAGACAGAGCUCCUUUUGCUGAAGUUGACCAUUAUAUUCAACCUAUAUAGCAUUAGGGCUGGUUUCCACCUGGUAUUACCAUGUGACUUUCGUUAACCGAUCAAGAUGAUCCAAUCACUAUCUAUUGACAGGGCAUUUGUUAAUGCCAGGUGUAAACACAGUCUUAAGUGUCUUCAGGUGCUUUCUCAGUGAUCACUGUCUGUCUCUCUCCAGGCGUUUGUGAUCUCCUUCACGUCAGACUUCAUCCCGAGGCUGGUCUAUCAGUACAUGUACAGCCUAGACGGCUCCAUGCACGGCUUCGUCAACCACACCCUGUCCUACUUCAACGUGAGCGACUUCCAGAACGGUAAAGAACCUAUGGACGCUCUGCAUCUGGGCUACCAGGUGGAGAUGUGUAGGUGAGUUCACACACAAUGCUGACUGACUGUGUGAAGUGUUUUUGUGAUACAAAUUUUAUUGAUUGUUAUAAACAGGGUGGUUCAAGCCCUGAAUGUUGAUUGGCUGACAGCUGUGAUAUAUCAGACCGUAUAACACAGGUAUGACAAAACAUUUAUUUUUACUGCUCUAAUUACGUUAAUAACCAGUUUAUAAUAGCAAUAAGGCACCUCAGGGGUUUGUGGUAUAUGGCCAAUAUACCACGGCUAAGGGCUGUAUCAGUCAUACAAAAGUUAUACUUAAAUCUGAACUGGUUCUCUAGCAAAUUAGUAAGAUUGUCUCAACCAAUGUUCAAGAAUGGCCUUUUUCCCUUUAUUCAGAGUACAACCUCUCACUUUCAGUUAUUUGAAAUGGAAAUCAUCUCCCAAAUAUCACUAUUUCUAAAACAAGCCAUUGAAAGUUGGUUGCAAUUUCAAUUUAAUCCUCCAGAAAGGACAGAACAAAUAAUGCAACAAAUAUUGUGGUUAAACUCAAAUAUACUAAUUGAUAAAAAAAAUAUUAUUCUUUGAAAAAAAAAAAAAAAGAAGUAUAAUCUUGGUAAAUGACAUCACCGGUAGGACUGGUGGAGUUAUGUCCCACAUGCAGCUAACAAAAACAUAUGGAAAUGUCUGCUCUACCCAAAAUUACAACCAAAUAAUUGCAGCAUUACCGCAAAAAUGGAAGAGGAAAGUGGAAGGGGGAAAAAGUAAGGAACUUGUCUGUCGGCCCUGCAUUAAAGAACAUAAUUGGUUAAAGAAAAUUGUGAUAAAUAAAAAAGCAUACCAGUUUCAUUUAAGGACCAAAGGAUUGACAGCCGUCCCAUAUAGAUUGCAAAAUAGUUGGGAAGAGAUUUUUGACGUACCGAUCCCAUGGCACUGUGUUUAUGAACUAAUACGCAAAACGAUGCCGGAUUCAAAACUUAUAAUUUUUCAAUGUAAAUUAUUAUACAAAAUUCUUCCUACCAAUAGAAUGUUAUUUAUAUGGAGGAUACAAUCUUCCCAGCUCUGCAGAUUUUGCUGCGAAGAGACAGAAUCAUUAGAUCAUUUGUUUUGGUACUGUCUAUUUGUAGCUUGUUUUUGGUCACAGGUCCAGGAAUGGUUAAAGGAUUGCAAUAUUUACCUGGAGCUAACCCUGCAGAUAGCACUACUGGGUGAUCUGAAAAGUCAUAGUCAAUCGAUCAAUAAUAUAAUAAUACUUUUAGCAAAAAUGUUUAUUUUCAAUUUACAAUCUGUAGAAACAAUGAGAAUAGAAGGGUUCAGAACUUUUGUAAAACAUCACAGUACAGUUGAAAAAUAUAUGGCAAAUAGAAAUCCAAUAUGGAUGGUGUUAAGAGAUAGAUGGGAGGUGUUGAAUGGAGUUGAAGGAUGGGACUAAUAACAACUAACAACAACUAAUAACAACAAGAUAACUAAUGUAAAGCAUACUGUGUCCAUAAUAAGUAUAUAGGUUAUAGGUUGAGAGCGAGGUUUGUGAAAGAGCACAGUUAGAAAGAUAUGGCAUAUAGAAGCAAACCGGAUGGACAUCAUGAAAAUGAUAGAGGAGAGGGUAGAGGAAGAUAUGUGUAUAUAUGUAUGUAUAUUUAUUUAUAUGUACACUACCGUUCAAAAGUUUGGGGUCACUUAGAAAUGUCCUUGUUUUUUAAAGAAAAGCAAUUUUUUUGUCCAUUAAAAUAACAUCAAAUUGAUCAGAAAUACAGUGUAGACAUUGUUAAUGUUGUAAAUGUCUAUCGUAGCUGGAAACGGCUGAUUUUUAAUGGAAUAUCUACAUAGGCGUACAGAGGCCCAUUAUCAGCAACCAUCAGUCCUGUGUUCCAAUGGCUCGUUGUGUUUGCUAAUCCAAGUUGAUCAUUUUAAAAGGCUAAUUGGUCAUUAGAAAACCCUUUUGCAAUUAUGUUAGCACAGCUGAAAACGGUUGUGCUGAUUGAUGAAGCAAUAAAACUGGCCUUCUUGAGACUAGUUGAGUAUCUGGAGCAUCUGUAAUUGUGGGUUCGAUUACAGAAUCAAAAUGGCCAGAAACAAAGAACUUUCUUCUGAAACUCGUCAGUCUAUUCUUGUUCUGAGAAAUGAAGGCUAUUCCAUGCGAGAAAUUGCCAAGAAACUGAAGAUCUCGUACAACGCUGUGUACUACUCCCUUCACAGAACAGCACUAACUGGCUCUAACCUGAAUAGAAAGAGGAGUGGGAGGCCCCGGUGCACAACUGAGCAAGAGGACAAAUACAUUAGAGUAUCUAGUUUGAGAAACAGACGCCUCACAGGUCCUCAACUGGCAGCUUCAUUAAAUAGUACCCGCAAAACACCAGUCUCAACAUCAACAGUGAAGAGGCGACUCCGGGAUGCUGACCUUCUAGGCAGAGUUGCAAAGAAAAAGCCAUAUCUCAGACUGGCCAAUAAAAAUAAAAGAUGGGCAAAAGAACACAGACACUGGACAGAGGAAGAUUUGAAAAAAGUGUUAUGGAAAGACAAAUCAAAGUUUGAGGUGUUCGGAUCACAAAGAAGAACAUUUGUGAGACGCAGACCAAAUGAAAAGAUGUUGGAGGAGUGCUUGAUGCCAUCCGUCAAGCAUGGUGGAGGCAAUGUGAUGGUCUGGGGGUGCUUUGGUGGUGGUAAAGUGGGAGAUGAUUUGUACAGGGUAAAAGGGAUCUUGAAGUAGGAAGGCUAUCACUCCAUUUUGCAAUGCCAUGCCAUACCCUGUGGACGGCGCUUGAUUGGAGCCAAUUUCCUCCUACAACAGGACAUUGACCCAAAGUACAGCUUUAAACUAUGCAAUAACUAUUUAGGGAAGAAGCAGUCAGCUGGUAUUCUGUCUAUAAUGGAGUGGUCAGCACAUUCACCGGAUCUCAACCCUAUUGAGCUGUUGUGGGAGCAGCUUGACCGUAUGGUACAUAAGAAGUGCCCAUCAAGCCAAUCCAACUUGUGGGAGGUGCUUCAGGAAGCAUGGGGUGAAAUCUCUUCAGAUUACCUCAACAAAUUGACAACUAGAAUGCCAAAGGUCUACAAGGCUAUAAUUGCUGCAAAUGGAGGAUUCUUUGACGAAAGCAAAGUUUGAAGGACACAAUUAUUAUUUCUAUUAAAAAUCAUUAUUUCUAACCUUGUCAAUGACUACAUUUCCUAUGCAUUUUGCUAUAUUUCCUAUUCAAACUCAUUUCAUGUAUGUUUUCAUGGAAAACAAGGACAUUUCUAAGUGACCCCAAACUUUUGAACGGUAGUGUAUAUAAGUGUAUAUGUAUGUAUGUAUGUAUGUAUGUAUGUAUGUAGAUGUGUGUAUGUAUAUAUAUAUUUGCGAGAAGAAAAAAAAAACAUAUGGGGGAUUGGAAGUGAUGGAAGUUGAUGGAAGUUACAAUCUAUCUGCAGUAUUAAAGCUGAUCUACCCUUCCUUAAAAAAAGGGCUGUAUCCAGGCUCUCCGUGCUGCAUCGUGCAUAAGAACAGCCUUUAGCCGUGGUAUAUUGGCCAUAUACCACACCCCCUCAGGCCUUAUUGCUUAAAUAUAGAAGAAGCCUGCCGUGGUGCAUUAUCUGGUUAUAUUGGACGAGGCUAUCCCUAACCCUAACUGAGGAGCCAGAAUACAGCCUCUGCCACCUCAUAGAAAGACUGUGUGUGUGUGUGUGUGUGUGUGUGUGUGUGUGUUAUUGCUUAAUUGUACAUACUGUUACAAAAAAAUAUAAUGUGCAAGAAAUAUUAUAGCCAUACUUAAAGGAACUGUAGCGUUUAUGUACUGUACCUUUACCUUUAAGUACUGAAAUAUUAUAACCAUACUUAAAGGUACUGUAGCAUUCAUUUACUGUACCUUUACCUUUAAGUACUGAAAUAUGAUAGCCAUACUUAAAGGUACUGUAGCAUUUAUUUACAGUACUUUAAGUACUGUAGUGGGUGUUCCAUGGGAUUUUGCUAUCUGUUUUAACGCUUUCUGGUUUAGUCACUGUAAUCAGAUUACUCUUGGGUCCAGGUAUAAAGACUACAGGGAGCCUCCAUGGUCCAACACACCGUACGUCAUCUCUAAAGAGUUCUGGGCGGUCCUGGCUGCCAGACUGGCCUUCGUCAUAGUCUUCCAGGUGAGACUGAUUUUGCCGAAGAGGAUUUUUAGUAUGGGCCUAUGUUCCUCCAGGAAAUGAAAAGGGUUCAACAUAAACAAACAGCUGUAGUUCUUUUUUUCUUUUUUUGUUGUUGUAUUUUACCCCCUUUUUCUCUCCAAUUUUGUGAUAUCCAAUUGCGAUCUUGUCUAAUCGCUGCAACUCCCCAACGGGCUCGGGAGAGGCGAAGGUCGAGUCAUGCGUCCUCCGAAACAUGACCCGCCAAACCGUGCUUUUUAACACCCACCUGCUUAACCCGGAAGCCAGCCGCACCAAUGUGUCGGAGGAAACACCGUUCAACUGACGACCGAAGUCAGCCUGCAGGCGCAUGGCCCGCCACAAAGACUUGCUAGAGCGUGAUGAGCCAAGUAAAGCCCCCCCGGCCAAACCCUCCCCUAACCCGGACGACGCUGGGCCAAUUGUGCGCCGCCCUAUGCGACUCCCGGUCACGGCCGGUUGUGACACAGCCUGAGAUCGAACCCGAUGCAGUGCCUUAGACCGCUGCACCACUCGGGAGGCAAACUGUAGUUCUAUUGUACAGUUAAUCUUUCAUGCCAGACUUCAGGUAAUAUGCAAUAUUCUGAGAAACACUCGCUUGGCUCUGCAAGAUACGUUUACUGUAGACUUUGUGUUUCCUGCUGGUUGACCAUGCUGUCGCUCACUUUCCUGUUUAUGUGCGUGCCUGUUUCCUGCUGUUACCCUUCCCUGUAGAACGUGGUGAUGCUGAUGAGUGACAUCGUGGACUGGCUGAUCCCAGACAUCCCUAAAGACAUCAGCCUUCAGAUCCACAAGGAGAAGAUCCUGAUGGUGGAGCUCUUCAUGAAGGAGGAACAGGGCAAGAUGCAGUUCAUAGACAGCAUGACACCUUGUGGCGGCAAGGAGAACCGCAACAACCACGCCCCUAUAGCCCGCUCGCGCUCCAUCCCACACACACACAGUCACACACACGCCAACAACAUCUAGCAGCUACUGUAAGGUGUAGCCUAGCUAGCUAAGCCAAGGGUUACUACUGUCUGUGUCCUUAUCCUUGUCCAGACAUUCCAUAGAAAGGGAGAGGUGCUCCCUACAAGAUGUUGUUGAGGCCCAACGAGGAGAAACAGAAACUGUCCCAGUGCUCAAUGCCUAUCUGUCAAACCUCUCAGUGAAUAACUAGCUAACUAGCUAACUGCCAACCAGUUAACUAACUGCCAACCAGUGGGGUCAUGGGCUUUAAGGUCGCAAAUAUGCCAUUUAGCUAACACUUUUAUCCAAUGCGACUUACAGUAGUGCAGAUUAUGGCGGACCAUGUUCAAUGAGAGAGAAAAGUUGUUUUUUAAUUUUCCUUUGCAUAAUGCUUUCAAGAAAACAUAUUUUGUAACAUGCUUUACAGUACAGUAUGUCUGGCAUCCAAGGUAUUUCUAUGUUUGCCUCUUUUUAAACAGGAUGUAGAUUAUACGUUAUCCUUUACUGUUAUGACUCAACCAUGUUCACGGUGCAAACAAUCACUCUCGGAAAUGCUAAAUGUUUUAUUCAAUUACUACAGAUGUUUUUUUCCUUCAUGUACUUUGUUCUCAAAAUAUUUUUUUAUUUACACAUUUUAUUGAUUUUCAUCUAUUAAAAAUUUAUGAAAUGUAUGUGUGUAGAGCAAAGAAUAUAAUCUUAUUCUUAAAUGGGUGACAGGUUUGUUAUGUCUUUGAUACAAAGAUCUCAAAUGUUAUUAGCUACCAAGCUCAUUAUUAGUUACCAAGCACAUUAUUAGUUACCGAGCUCACAGUUGAGGGCUGGUUGUGGUCUCCCAUGCUACUAUAGAGUAAAAGCAGUUAUUACGUGGAUUGUAUUAUAGCUUAAGAGUCAAAAGGCACUGUAUAACAGAUACUGCUAAACACAGUAAAAUUGUUUGAGUGACUUUACUUCAGAACAUAAUAAACUCAGCAGUGUUAUAAAAAUCCCCUGUUAUAACAUGUACAGUUCAGACGAAUCUAUCACUGCCAUAAUACAGACUGAUACUCUGGCUUCUUCUAUGCUUCAAAGCCAGCCAGGAUAUUAUUUUGGAACUUUUAAACUGUACUUAAUACUGUAUAUUGUUUACACGUACUUCUGUCUACUGGAUAUACUAAGAAAUAUAAUAUUUCUUAUUCUUUACUUGCCUUUCUUCAGAAGACAAGGACACUUUGAUCCUUUUAUAUGUCAAACUAAUGUAUUCAUACAAAGUGAGCAUCAUUUCAUAGCAGCAUAUUUUACUAUAUUGAUACCGACUAUGUUGUAAAUGUUUAGGAGAUCUGCCUAUUCUUUUUUGAUGUGACGUUAAAUAAAUAAUGGAUAAAAUUGAAUGUAAACAAUAAAUAUAUGUUGAUGUGGGUA